AUGGCGCAGUUUCUUCAGGGGUUAAUGGAGGAAGGCAUGGGUGGCGUACAGACGCCCACGGGAACCGUUAGCCCAGCAGACGCAGCCAUGUGGUCUUCGGCGCCAUCAUACCGCGCCAUGCGGCGCACACAAAGCCCUGACCCUACACCAGCCACCGGGCAGCAGCUUUGGCCAGCAAACUUGCAGCGGCGCCCACCACCUCCUCCACCCGGACCAGGGGGAGCGACCGCGGGCAUGUCGCCAGCUGCGUUUGAGGCGUGGGCCACCAGCGUUGAAGACUACAGCAGCAUCUGCGGCUGGGUGCCACCGAUGGUAGCACCCUAUGUGCGCCUCCUUUGCAACACAGAGGUGCAGCAGCGCAUCGACGCGCGCCUGGGCAAGCACAAAUUCAGGCAGCUCUCAACCACGGAUGCAAUUGACAUAGUAAGAAGCGUAGUGAUUGGCCCACGCUGUGUAAUUGGAGCGUGGGCAGAGUUCUUCUCACUGGUACAAGCACCAAGUGACAGCGUGUGUGCGUACAUCUCUCAGUGCCGCGCCAAAGCAAACGAGUGCGGCUUCCAGUGUCCCGAGUGCCAGUGUCCCUUGGAUGAGUACAUGCUCAGCAAGAAAAUAGUGAUGGGGCUACGUGACCGCAGCAUGAAAGCGGAGGUGCUGCGAGGCCUCCCACGCCUCGAGUCAUUCAGUGAUGUGGUCCGCGCGUGUGAAGUUAUUGAGGCGGCGGAAAAGGCUAGUGAGCGGCCCCCUAGUGACGUAGCCGGGGUGGCAGCUAGCAACCCGUGGCCACCGCCCUUCACGGACUCACACCCUGCCGAGGUGGCGGCAGCGGGUCCAGCGCGCUGGUCUGGGAGGCAAGGAAAAGUUCGCCAGAAGGGGGCACGGCAAGGACGCAGGCGGUGCUCAGCGUGCGGAGACUCUGAGUGCUGUGUGAUUGUUGGAGGAGUGGAGACUACGGCGUCGCUGUCCGUGGUAAUCAGUUGCUCCCGGCCCCGCGCCACUUGUUCCUACACAGCAGUUGCAGACACCGGGGCACAAGUGUCUGUAGCGGGCCGCCUACUGUUGGGGGACCUCGGCAUAUCCCAACGUCAGCUCCAGGCUACACCCAUGGCAGUCACCCACGUUGCCGGGGGCAGCAUGCGCCUCCUGGGGACCAUCACAUGUCAAGUCUCCGUGGGGACUGCCUCCACCAUGGAAUGCAUCUACAUAGCGGAAGGUGUGCAGCAACUCUACUUGUCGCUCAAGGCAUGUAAGGCCCUUCACCUGGUCCAUCACACCUUCCCGCGCCCCCUAGCUCUCACUAGUGUGUGCGCUAUCAAGGCUGCAGACACCCCACAAGUACCACUUCGCCCGGAAUCGCCGCCCCACGAGCUUGUUGAGGAAAAUGUUGAUCGCCUAGAGAAAUGGUUCCUAGAGCACUUCGGGCGCACGGUUUUUGCCAUGGGACGCAUGCCACUACCUGAGAUGAAGGGCCCACCUCACCACAUCCACUUACGACCUGACGCACGCCCUCAUGCUGUCCAUGUCCCAGCCACAGUCCCGCUCCACUUCUUUGACGAGGUACGACGUCAGCUGGACAAUGACGUGGACAAAGGGAUCAUCGAAGCGGUACCUGCAGGCGAACCUACCGAGUGGUGCUCUAGAAUGGUGGUGGUGCCAAAAAAGGACGGCAGACCCCGUCACACGGUCGACUUUCAGCACCUCAACCGUGCAAGCCUCAGGGAGACACAUCACACCAGACCGCCCUUCGACCUCGUCUCUAGCGUGCCCAAGCAUGCAUUUAAGACAGUUGCUGACGCCUACUCAGGAUACCACCAGGUUCCCCUCGACGAGGAAAGUCGCAAGCUCACAACAUUCAUCACUCCUUGGGGACGAUACAGGUACUGCCGCACCCCCAUGGGCCACUGUGCGUCACAGGAUGCUUUUACUAAACGCUUUGAUGACACCAUCACUGACAUGCCCAGGAAGCUAAAGUGCGUGGACGACACCCUACUCCACGACAGCAGCGUCAGUGAUGCUUUCUGGCAUACAUACGACUUCCUCCAGAGGUGCAUGGAGAGUGGUGUCACCCUGCGGCCCGACAAGUUCCACUUCUGCAGGAGGAGCGUUACCUUUGCCGGCUACCUUCUGGGCUGGGAAGGGUACCAACUGAGCCGCGACCUCGUCAACAGCAUAACUGACUUCAAGAUGCCCGCACAGCCCACCUUGACUGAUGUGCGGUCAUGGUUCGGCCUAGUCAACCAAGUUGCACCCUUCUUGGCAGUCGCCCCUGUCAUGGAACCCUUCAGGGAACUACUCAAGAAGCCAGGUGGGAAGGUAGUGUACUGGGACAAGCAAUUGGAAGCCCUUGUCACCUCGGUAAAAGACACCAUUGGGAGACUGGCAGCUGAGGGACUGCGCUUCUACGAUGUAUCACGCCCCACAGCAGUCCUCACUGACUACAGCCGACAAGGUAUUGGCUUCGUUAUCUUGCAGCAGUACUGUGAGUGUGUCUCCGAGAAGUCGCCACUGUGCUGCCCCGGCGGGUGGAAGCUGGUGCUCUGUGGCAGCCGACAUCUCACAGCAGCUGAGAAGAACUACAGCACUCUCGAGGGAGAGGCACUCGCCAUCGCCUGGUCUCUGAAGAAGGCACGCCUCUUCCUCCUCGGCUGCAAGAACCUCACGUUCGUCACAGACCACAAGGCCCUCACAAGAAUUUUUGGGGACAAGGAGCUCAAGGACAUAGCCAAUCCCCGGCUUCUCAACCUGAAAGAGAAGACGCUAAUGUUCACCUUCCGCAUCAAGUACCUGAAGGGCGACACCAACUGUGCGGCAGAUGCCUUGUCGCGCUACCCGAUCCUGUCAGGUGAACCAGAAAGGUCGGACGAAGACGAGGAAGAGCUGGUAUGCGCAGCCAUGACGGCAGCCACAGUCGCAGCAGCUGAAGAUGAGAUGGGGCAUGUCGUAGACCUUCGUCAAGUGGAAGAAGAAGCCGAACAGGACGAGGAGUACCGCCUCUUGAGGGAAUGUGUGGCCAAUGAUGGGUGGGCUGAGCGCAAGGACUGGGAGCCGCCUGCCCUCCGCCCGUACUUCAGGAUGAGGCGCCACCUGUCCUCCCAAGGGAGCGUGGUCCUGUACACCUGUGACGAGAAACACCCGCGACUAGUCGUGCCUGCAGCCCUCAGGCACACAGUCCUGGCCAACCUGCACGCGGGGCACCAGGGCAGGGACUCCAUGCUACGCAGGGCGAGGCAGUCAGUCUACUGGCCUGGGAUUGACGCGGAGGUGGAGCAGAAGAGGCACCAAUGUGCAGUAUGCGACAUGCACGCCCCCUCCAGCCCCGCAGAGAGCCUGAUGCCCAACCCACCCCCGCUAUAUCCAUUCCAACAAGUAGUGGCAGACUUAUUUCAACUGGAUGGCCACACCUAUAUCGCCUUUGCCGACAGGCUCUUGGGAUGGCUCGAGGUAGAGCACCUGUCAGGCGAUGCCACCAGCGCACGCCUGAUAGCAAUCUUUCGACGGUGGUUCAGGUGCUUUGGCAUCCCAGAGGAGCUGUCGUGUGACGGAGGAACAAACCUUACUAGCCAGGAAUCCAGGAGCUUCUUCAACACCUGGUGUGUACGCCUGAGGAUCUCAUCCGCACACUAUCCCCAGUCCAACGGCCGAGCAGAGGCGGCAGUCAAGUGUGCGAAGAGGCUACUACGCGGCAACACUGCCCGGAAUGGCUCCCUGGACACCGACGCUGCUGCAAGGGCAAUCAUGCAGUAUCUCAACACCCCCCUGCAGGGCUCUGAAGCCUCCCCAGCCCAGCUGCUCACAGGACGUCAGCUGCGGGAUGCCAUACCUGUCGACACAUCUCUCUAUGAAGUGAGUGAGCGGUGGGCUUGGCUUCUGCGGGAACGCGAACGGGCCUUGGUCCGCUCUGGGGACAACGCAGCCUCUCGGCACAACCAGUCAGCCCACAACCUUGAGCCCCUUACACCUGGCCAACGGACUCACAUCCAGAACCCCAGCAGCGGACGCUGGGAUCGCGCAGGUACUGUACUGGAGACUACAGCAUCCAGACAGUACCUGGUGCAGCUGGACGGCAGCGGGCGCGCCACCAUCAGGAACAGGCGCCACCUACGGUCGCUCACGCGCGAACAGCACACUCAGCCAAGCGACGACGGGGCAGCUGUGACACCUGACCCCACCCCGCCUACUCAAAGAAGGCCCCAGCGCUCCAGACAGGCGCCACGUCACCUCUACGACUACGUAUUAGGGGACACCACCCCUUAA